AUGAAGCUCGAGCCGCAGGGCUCAAAGCCCCAAGCACCACAGAAACCCACCAAGCUCGCCCGGCUGCCACCCAACGCGCGAAUUGAGAAACGGCCCCUCCUCCACGCCCCAAUCCCCUCUCCCUACGCCAGCGCCGCCUCUCAAAAGGUCAUCUACGUGUCCUCCAAAACACCCUUCAUCUCCGCCGUGAAGCGCGUCCGCAAACUCCUCAAGCAAGCCGAGAACCGCGCCACCCAGAGCAAGAUCGACAAGCACGGCACCACCGCGCAGCGUAUUGAAGCCGCUGCGAAAGCUGCGCUCGAGGGACGCGGGAAGAGCGAGGAGGUCGUGGUUAAGGCGACGGGGAAAUGCAUCGAGAAGGCGCUGAAUGUUGCGCUGUUUUUUCAGCAGCAAGGGGAUUGCAACGUGAGGAUCAGGACGGGGACGGUAGCGGCGAUUGAUGAUAUUGUGCUAGAGCCGGCCAUGGCGAGGAGCAGCCAUGCAACGGACGAGUCUCAAAGCGGAGACAUGGAGCUGGAUGCGGCUAUGCCAUCGGUUAAGAAGGUGAAGAAGGAGGUGGAAGAGAUGCCGGAGACGCGGAUUAGGCAUACCAGCGUUAUAGAGGUGGCUGUGUCGCUGCGAUGA